CGUUAGCUAAAAGCCAGUCUGCGGCUUCUGUUCCUUACGAGCCGAACUGCACCCAUUAACCAGGACCCAACGGUGCUCCAUUAGCUCUACUGGAGAACAGGGACUCGUCCCUGUUGGUCACAACAAAAGCACCUGAGAAUUGGACCUCCACUUCUGUAGGGUCAAUAGAGCCACGGUGGACGGAAACACAGCAUUUAGUUAGUCACCAUGUUCAAUCUGAUGAAAAAGGAUAAGGAGAGGGAAGGAAGCAGGAAGGAGAAGAAGGAUAAAAAGGAGAGGAUGUCUGCAGCAGAGCUGCGCAGCCUGGAGGAGAUGAGCAUGCGCCGCGGUUUCUUUAAUUUGAAGAGGGAGGCCAAGCGUGAGUCCAAGAACAAACUGGAGAUCUCCAACCCCAUUCCUAUCAAAGUGGCCAGCAGCAACGAGCUCACCCUCACUGACAUCGAGUCGGACGGCCUGAGUAACCGGAGCAGCAUGGUUUUGGAUGACCAGCUGAGCGCUGCCAGCUCCACUGAUGACCUGAAGGGUGAGUGUGGAGGAGGACAGGAUGGACACCGCAGCUCAGUGCGGGAUCGUGUGGCUCACUUUGGUUCACUUGCCAAGACAAACUCGGCGCAGGUUGGUCAGAUGAUGAAACGCUUCUCUUUUUCCCAAAAAAGUAAAGAGGAGAGCCCCUCAGAGGGCUCCACCCCCUCCGGCCAGAACUCUGCCGCCCCGUCCCCGCAGGUGGAGAGCAAAGUUUUCAGCAUGCUCCGCAAGCACAGUCUGAGGCAGCACCCUGAAGCAGCACCAGCUACCAAAAAAGUCUGCAUCCCUGAAGUGGUCGACAAGACCUUCCCUGCACAGCUGCAGCUGCCGGCCGUGGUCGCACCGAGUGAGCCAGAAACCCGAGAGCUGGAGCUCCAACGCCGCAACACCGGGGACUUUGGAUUUUCUUUGCGCCGCACCACCAUGCUGGAUCGCAGUCCUGACGGAGGAGUUUACAGGCGUGUGGUCCACUUUGCCGAGCCCGGCGCCGGCACCAAGGACCUGGCACUUGGACUGGUGCCGGGAGACAGGCUGGUGGAGAUAAACGGACGGAACGUGGAGAACAAGAGCCGGGACGAGAUAGUGGAGAUGAUCCGUCAGUCGGGAGACACGGUUCGGCUGAAGGUGCAGCCCAUCCUGGAGCUGAGUGAGCUGAGUCGCUGCUGGCUGAGGAACACAGAGGGACUGCGCAGGGAGGCCAGACAUCAGGAAUCCUGAGUGAAGGGGCCUGAGAGCAGAGGGGAUGCUGGAACAUGAGAGGGAGUGGAGGUUAAAGUAGCAAGAAGCCAUCUUCGCUUGUCUUAACAGGCUGACUGGAAACGACAGGAAGUAGGCCUCUCCCUUUAGGUCUAACUCUGGCAUUUGUGGAAUCUGCUUUGGAACAAAUAGGCCACUUCCUGACCCUUUCCCCCUGGGAUUUUCUUCUGGAGGAAGAGGAAUGAAGUUCUGAGGCUGAGGGCUGAUGGAGGAAACAAUGUCUGUGAAGGGACUUGAUAAAGAGAAUUGUUUUCGAA